AUGGAUGAAGGCCCAAUGGAGUUGCUUAGUCAUCUCCUUGAGACAGUCCCGAACCUUGUGGAAAUGCGGCAGCAGUUCCUGACCAACCCAGCGGAGAUCAUGCGGCAGGUUCAGGAAAACGACCCGCGACUCUUCGAGCUCAUCACGGCUAAUCAUCAGGAGUUUCUCGAGCUGGUGAACAACGAAGAUCUUGUCACAACUCUGCAGCAGCAGCAGGAGAUGCAGGCAGCAUUUCUUGAUGAAGAAGGUGCAUUUGAGGAUGAUGAAGAGAUGGAGGAGGCCGUUGGCUCCCUCAUGGCGCAGUACCUCCUGAGUGGAGGUGGCAGCGACAACAGCAAAGCCACGGAGGACGCGGGCGACAGUGGACAAAGUGAGACGCAGCGCUACUUGGAGCGUGUGCCGACGGAGGAGGAGGAGGGGAAGAUUGAACAACUGAUGCAGCUUGGCUUCACAAGAGAUCAGUGCAGGGUGGCCUUCUUUAAGACGAAGGGUAGCCUCGAGCGUGCGGCGAACCUGCUGUUUGAGGAUCCGCCGCAGUUGUAG